AUGGGGAUCCUGGAGAAGAUCUCCGAGAUCGAGAAGGAGAUCGCCCGCACGCAGAAGAACAAGGCCACCGAGUAUCACCUGGGCCUGCUGAAAGCAAAACUCGCCAAGUAUCGGGCCCAGCUCCUGGAACCCUCCAAAUCAUCCUCAUCCAAAGGCGAGGGCUUCGAUGUCAUGAAGUCAGGCGACGCCCGCGUGGCACUGAUCGGCUUCCCCUCUGUGGGUAAGUCCACCUUCCUCAGCCUGAUCACCUCCACGGCCAGUGAGGCUGCGUCCUAUGAAUUCACAACCCUGACCUGCAUCCCUGGGGUCAUUGAAUACAAAGGCGCCAACAUCCAGCUCCUGGACCUUCCUGGGAUCAUCGAAGGCGCAGCACAAGGGAAGGGCCGUGGCCGGCAGGUGAUCGCCGUGGCACGCACAGCCGACGUCGUCAUCAUGAUGCUAGACGCCACCAAGGGAGAGGUGCAGAGGUCCCUGCUGGAGAAGGAGCUGGGGUCGGUCGGCAUCCGCCUCAACAAGCACAAGCCCAACAUCUACUUCAAGCCCAAGAAAGGAGGCGGCAUCUCCUUCAACUCGACAGUCACGCUGACCCAGUGCUCAGAGAAGCUGGUGCAGCUGAUCCUGCACGAGUACAGCAUCCUUCCCGAAGGUGCGAUCUUCCGAGAAGACUGCUCCCCGGACGAGUUCAUAGAUGUGAUCAUGGGCAACCGCGUGUACAUGCCCUGCUUGUAUGUUUAUAACAAAAUCGACCAGAUCUCAAUGGAGGAAGUGGACCGCCUGGCCCGGAAACCUGACAGCGUGGUCAUUAGCUGCGGCAUGAAGCUGAACCUGGACUACCUGCUGGAGAUGCUCUGGGAGUACCUGGCCCUGACCUGCAUCUACACCAAGAAGAGAGGCCAGAGGCCGGACUUCACGGAUGCCAUCAUCCUCCGGAAAGGGGCCUCUGUGGAGCACGUGUGCCACCGCAUCCACCGGUCACUCGCCAGCCAGUUCAAGUACGCGCUGGUGUGGGGCACCAGCACCAAGUACAGCCCGCAGCGGGUGGGCCUGACCCACACGGUGGAGCACGAGGACGUCAUCCAGAUCGUGAAGAAGUAG